AUGGAUACUGCCUACUUUACGGAUGACCAGGUUCUGGUCGUGGCAGGUCCUUGGACCAACAGCUGUAAUGGAAAGGUGGACUUGAUGAACACGAGCAGCACCAGCAUGCUAAUCAGCACGGGCAUCCACGCCUUCGUUGCGUCGUGCUCCACAUCGACGCCUUGCGAGGCUGUAAUGCAGCGCAUCAAGACUCUAUACAUUUCCGUUGGGCUCACCCAGCCAGACGUGCAGUCUUUGCCGUUACUGCUAGCUCAACCGUUGAAUCUGACGACAUUUGGCCUGCGAAACCAAUACGAACAUGGCAACAACAGCUUUACACCCGACAUUGGCAAUGCUCUUCCUCAAGGCUUGCUUUGCCUGGAUCUUCAGAACAACGGAGAUGUAAACCUUGAUUCCUUUCAGCCAACCACCGCCUACCCGCUCGUGGAGGGCGCAUUAAAUAACUUACACCAGCUUCAAGUGCUUAAUCUACAAUCCAACUGGAUGACCCAGCUUCCGCCAGGGAUGUUUGACAGUCUGCAACAACUUCAAGAACUGAAGCUAAGCCAAAACAACCUGAAUGGAUUGCCGCCCGGUGUUUUUGAGCGCCUGCAGAGUCUGAGACACCUUGACUUGAGCGCAGCUUGCGAUAAUAAUCUAUCCAGCACGGCUUUGAAUGGGCUGGCCGAGCUGCUAUUCCUGGAUCUCAGCUUCCUGCGUGUUUCGCUCGACUCGGCAGGCUUUCGUGGCUUAUUCCGACUUGAGACACUCAACAUGGAAUCCACCACCUCCUCGUUUGCUGCAGGCGCCUUUGAUGAUUUGCAUCAGCUGCAAAGUCUUGCCAUGAAAAACAACGAUCUGACUUCUCUUCCGAGUGGCCUCUUUGACCACGUCUACCAGCUGCAGACCCUCGACCUAUCUGAGAACAGCCUAGCGGCCCUCCCAGAGGGCUUCUUCGACCACGCCUGCCAGUUACGGACACUCAAUUUUAACGCGAACAGGCUGACGAGCCUCCCAGUCGGCCUGUUGGACUGCACAGGACAACUGCAAAGCAUCAAGCUAAACCAAAACAGCCUCACUUCGCUCCCGACGGGGCUUUUCGCCGCUGCCAGCCAGCUACAAGUGGUCGAGCUUGCUGAGAAUGCGCUGACGGCGCUUCCAGCUGGCAUUUUUGAGCGCGCAAGUCAGCUGCAGACGCUUCAUUUGAACAAAAAUGGCCUCGCAGCUCUCCCCACCAGCGUUUUUCAGGAUGCGACCCAACUUCGGAAGCUGAACUUGGAAGAGAACGUAUUAACCACUCUCCCGGAUGGCGUUUUCAGCACCACGUUGCAUCUCCAGACUGUGACGUUGAACAACAACCACCUCACAUCAAUUCCUGCUGGCCUAUUUGCAAACACGGGUGAGCUGCAAUCCAUCAAGCUAGACAACAAUCGCCUGACCGUCCUUCCGGAUCGGACCUUUGGCAAGUCGAAUCUCCUGCAACGGCUUUCUUUAACUUACAAUCGCCUCACUAGGAUUGAGGCCAAUGGCUGGGAUAGCCUCAGCCAACUGCAGCAACUAGAUUUGGCAGAAAACUGCCUCUCGGCCCUUCCCAAGGGCAUCUUCAACUCGCUUAGUCAAUUGCAAUCUCUCGUGCUAGCCAACAAUGCGCUUGCGGGCCUCGCACCUGGGAUGUUUGACCACAUGCGCCAACUGCAGCGGCUGAACUUGAAUGGAAAUAGCCUCACUCUCCUGCCCAGCCAUGUAUUUGCUGGAACGCCCAACUUGCAAGAAUUGAGGAUGACCGCCAACCCCAUUGGAACGCUGCCAAAAGACUGGCUUACGGCCUUGACCAACCUCGUAUCCCUGGACAUUGCCAACUCUCGGCUCACCCAGCUGGACCUUGAUCUUUUGCAUAUGCCUGACCUGAAAGGUCUUCGCAUUGGCCGCGAUGAUUGCCCAACAAAUUACGCUGUGCAUCUGAACUUUGCGUCUGCUGCACGGCUCCAACAACUCGAUCUCACGGGCGCCACCGUAUCAGGCCUUGAUAAUUUGGCUCAGCACCAUCUGACGGAACUUGGACUUGAUUUGUCCCUGGAUACCCCGACGCUUGCUUUUGAAGUCACCUACCCAGAUCUAGUUGGACUGACAAUCUCGUGCUUCAAGCGCACAACGUCGUUACGGCUCGACUUGCCACCCGGGUCACAACUCUCAACGCUCCAGAUCAAUCGCAUGCCUAACCUCAGAUCCAUCUCCCUGGGUGCGGGUUUGCCUGCCUUGAGGUUGUUCAACGUGUCCUCCAAUCCGCAGCUGUCGGUGGUGACAUGGCCUCAGGCGAACCAACUCGAUGUUUCUCAAACCAACGUUUCGUGGUCGCCCCAUCUAUGCCAACGGGCUGGGACGCACUAUCUUGCGGCCUUGGCCAUGGUCCAGCCGUUUGAUUGGCCACAGGCGCUUCAACAUUGCCUCAAUGUUGGUACCAAGAUCAUUGACUUUUCGGAAAACCAUAUUCUUGACGUUGAAGCCAUUGCCGGCGUCUUCGCCUCACGAGUUUUCAUUGGCAAUUCUGACGCAAAGGGGUGCAUCUACUAUUUCUUGGCCGACGGCUCAACACCGGUAUGCGGCUACGAGGAUCUCCCCACUCUGCAAUUGCGCGGUGUGCCCUUGCAGUGCGGCCUGCAGCCCACCACGGACCUUGUGGUUCAAUGGGACGGAACAGAAGCGCAAACGUUUGGGGAGCAAAGCUUUCAGUGCGAAUGUUCGCCGGGCUAUGAAAUGACGGGCGAGCCUACGUCGCACCGUUGCACGCCAAAGCCUCCCCCAGUGUACCGGCGACCGUGGUUCGUCGCCCUCAUGGUGAUGCUUGGCUUUGGCUUAUUGGGCGGCGUGGUGGCGUUCAUACAGCGCUACCGGCGGCGAUUGCGGCUUACAAAAGAGUCACACGAAUAUGAGCGCGAGCUGUUGUCACAAGCUUACCUUGAGGAUGUGGCCGAACUGAAGGAAGCGUGGCGCAUCCUACGGUCUGAGAUCGCAUUGGAGGAGCGAAUUGACGGCGAUUCGCCGGGUGCCUUUGGCGAGGUGUGGCGGGCCCAAUGGCAGGGCUUUUCCGUGUGCGUCAAGGUGCUUAAAGCAUCGGCCACCCUGGACACGGCAGCAGUGGAAGAUUUUCAGAAGGAGCUCGAGCUCUUGCAAAGAACGCGGCACCCGCAACUAGUGCGAUUUUUUGGAGCUGGUGAAGGCGCUUUUGAUGGACAGGCGGGCGUCCCUUUUCUGGUGCUGGAGCUUGUGUCCUUGGGCUCGCUUCGUUCGGUCUUGCGGGGCUGUCAGCCACGUGAUCUGAAUCUGUCGCAGCGAUUGCUGAUUCUGCGUGACGUGGCGACAGGGUUGGCCUACUUGCACGAGCUUGGCCACGCUCACCGAGAUGUGAAGGCGGGCAAUGUGUUGAUAACCAAACAAUUUCGUGCCAAAGUGACAGAUUUUGGAUCGGUCAAGCUGCGUCAGCGUGCGUUGCUAUCGCGCACGCAACUCCAGAGGGGUCCUGUCGUGCUGGACGGAGAGGCAGCGAUGAUUGAAAUCGGAGACAGGCGGGAGCAGAGCUUUGCUGUUGGCACGCCGCUGUACAUGGCCCCAGAGGUGCUGACGACGGGCCGUAACGGCGGCUACCCGGCAGACGUGUUUGCUUUUGGCGUGGUGAUGUGGGAGACACUGACUGGACAAGCACCAGACCUGUGUCUGCAAGAAGGCAAACGGCGGGGGCCCUUGAUGACGGUCCUCUCCCAGCUGCUGGAAGCUGGCAAGCGACUGGACACUGACAGUGUGCUCACACGCUGUCCUGACGUCCCCAAGACGGUGGUGACACUGAUGCACGCGUGUUGGACCUUGGACCCCACGACCCGCCCUACGCUGAAGCUUGUUCUGAUGCAGCUGGAGCAAGCGUCAUAG